AUGGCGAUUCUGACUGAACUGGCCAAGACCAGCACUGGGCCUCCGACAUGGGUUAUUCUCGGAGCCCUUGCGGUUAUCGCUGUAUACCUCAAGCUUUUCAUCAGCUCGAAGCGCGCGAACCUGCCCAUCUACAGCACCCACUCCGGCUGGCUGGGGAGCUGGCACGACUCUCUCGAUUAUCUCAGAGAUAGCCCUGGGGUCCUGAAAGCCGGGUAUGAGAGGUUUUCGAAACACGAUCUUUUCUACCAGCUUCGUACGCCCGUCCGAUGGGUCAUUGUUGUGCCCCCGAGGUUUAUCGAUGAGAUUCGGACGGCACCGCCAACUCAUCUCAGUGCAAAGGUGGCGGCCAACGAUGUCCAACAAGCGAGGUACACGGUAUCUCCCAUCGUCGAAGCGGACAAGUUCCACUUCCAUCUCAUCAAAACCCAUCUUACACCCAAUCUGGAACACAAGAUUGUAGAUUUGCUAGACGAGAUCAAUCUGGCAUUUGAUCAGGAAAUCGGACGCCCAGAAGACUGGAAACCAGUCGUCAUGGCUCGAACCGCCCACCGCAUCGCGACGCGUACAGCAAACCGGCUUCUCGUCGGUGCUCCGCUGUGCCGCAAUGAGGAAUACCUACAAAUGUCCAUCCGCUACACUAUCGAUGUCUUCGGAGGCGCUGAUAAGCUCCGUGCGUGGCCUGACUUUCUGAAGCGCCCCGUGACAUACUUUGUCACCAGCGUCAAUGAGCGACAGAAAGUUGCUCGCAAGCAUCUACUACCAUAUAUAAAGACCCGGCUGGAAGGGGUAAAGGGGAUAGAGAAGUCCUCUCCCCGGGAUAAACCUGUGGACUCACUACAGUGGGUCAUUGAUGCUGCGCCAAAUCCGCUGGAACGAGACCCUGAGCGGCUGAUGUACCGCUUGCUGCAUCUCAAUGUUGCAGCCGUGCAUACCACGAGCGUGACGUUUCUAAACUGUGUUUAUGAUCUUGCGCUGCACGCGGACACCCACGCGGAGUUGCGAGAGGAGGUCCAACGCGCCGUGAGCGAAGAUGGAUGGACCGCACGAGGAUUAGCCGGCAUGCGCAAGCUGGAUAGCUUCAUGCUAGAAAGCCAGCGACUGGCUCCAAUCGCAAGCUCCCAAAUGACCCGUGCCGUCACAAAGGAUUUCACCUUCUCAGACGGCACCACUGUCCCAAAGGGAUCCUACGUCCUCGUGCCAAUGCACGCGAUGUACCUCGACGACUCGCUGUACCCGAAUGCAUCAACUUUUGAUGCAUUCAGGUGGUCUCGUCUCCGCGAGCAACCGGGGGAUGAGAACCGGUACCAGUUCGUGACGACAUCGCCCACGCACAUCAACUUUGGGCAUGGCAGGGACGCGUGCCCUGGGAGGUUCUUUGCUGCGCAGGAGAUCAAGUUGCUCCUUGCGCAUAUCCUGCUGCACUAUGAUGUCCGCCUGGAGGAUCCGAGUGUGCUGCCCACUCCGACGUGGUAUGAUCGGUCUCGUCAGCCAAAUCAGACUGCUAGAGUGCUUUUCAGAGCUAGGUAG